AUGUGCUACGACGGACUUCUUUUCGAUCUGAGGGCCAGGGUUCGGGGCAAUGACCUGAAACUCUUGACUCGAGUCUCCAUCAGCCAGGUCUCAAUGGUCAGCUUCAAUGAUGCAGAGGCCGUGAAGUCCUUUGGAAUGGGUGGAGGCAUCGAUGGCGGGCCGAUCAUCGGAGAGCUCACAGGAAUGUGCUCGCGCGAAGAAGCCCGAGAGCGCGAGAUGACUCGGCAACUCGACAAGUUCGAGUGGAAGAAGGGCACCGAUCCAAAGAAUCCCGAAGUAGACUUGAAGUUGGCCACGAAGAAAUAUCAGCGAAGUUCUGCUGAUAAGGCCUACCGAAGCCAGGAUGUGAGAUCCUUGGAUGCGUGCUGGAAGACAAUGGAGUACCUGAUGACGGAGAUCUUGGACUUCGACAGCAAUCCGAAGCCCGGCUUUGCUGUCCAAGCCAUCCCGUACAUCGAGGUCUACUCCUAUCUGCGUGAUCGCACCCGAUCGAUCAGAGUCGACCUGCACCUCCAGCAGCCUCGAAGCACCACCCAACGGGUCUUCGUGGAGACACAUGAGUGCUGCCUCCGCUUCGAGAUGCUCUCCUUGUAUCUUCUUCUGGGCAGGGGGCAGAAUCAGGAGAAGGCCACUGAGAAGUACGACACCAAGCUGGGUCUCAAGGCUAUCUCACAGACCAUCGAGCCGCUCCUGAAUGCUUACCAGGCACUUCACGAAAAGCAGGUGGCAAAGUCUAUCCUCGCGGAGGCCAUGGGCGGAUUCGGCCUGGCCGACGAAGACGAUGAUGAGGACUACUAUUCUCCGUACGAGAUGGCUGCCAGGAGGUACAUUGUUCUCCUCCUGAUGUCUUUCGCACCUGACGAGCUUUCGAGCCAUCUCUCAAAAAUGAGCCGCGAGCUGCUGAUGCAUCCCUUGGUCAGCUUUGCCACGCAGGUGUAUGCCGCCUUUCACACGGAGGACUAUGCCAGAUUUCUCCGUUUCUACCGCGAAACCGAUUUCCUCUCUGCCGUUGCAAUGAGUGGUGUCGCAGACCUGGCCAGACUGAGAGCUUUGUGGCUGCUGGUCCGAACCUAUCCACAACAGGUGGGAGAUCGGAUCUCCUUGGCAAAGCUCAAGAACAUACUUGCAUUCGUGAGUGACGACCACGCCAAAACCUUCUUGGCCUUCCAUGGGCUGCAGAUCGUCAUCGACAAGGAGUCGGAUGGCGGGGCCCAUGUCGUCUUGCCCAAGAAAGGCAGCCCUGAGGCCAACGCGCUGCCCUUGUUGCAGGGCCCUGCGCGGCUGCCAGAGAAGUGCGAGUUCCCGAAGGGCGCCGACUCACUUCUCGUGGCGAAGUUUGAGGCUGCAGGGCGGCUGGGGUUUGGGGUUAAGGGUUGA